AUGGCGACAUUUACACAUGUUGAUGUGUCCAUGAAACGUGAGCCUGGACUCUAUGCUUAUUCCGCUCACUAUCGGAACACUGAGCACUUGCAGGGCAACCAUGACAGCCAGGCGAGCUUAAGACGAAUUGCAGACUCAGCAGCGAACCUGUGCAAGAUGAACUCUGAGGACAAGUUGGACGGCAUGCUGUUCAAGUGCAGCAGUGCAGGGAUGGACGUGGGCGGGCGUGUGGGGCUGGGCGGUGCGGGCGGACUGGUGGUGAUGACGCUCGGGGAGCGCUCGCUGGCGGACCACCCGCUGUUGGCGGAAGACGAGGACGAAGAGGAGGACUUGACCGUAAGCUCUCUGGUGACUCACGACCUGGUACCUCCCGAGCAGCUGAUGAUGCAGGAGAUGUCCAAGACCGGCGGCGGGGGCGAGGAGGAGGGAGCAGGCGAGGUGGGCGUGCACUUCCCCCUCAAGCUCACCCAUAAGUUGCCCUGCUUGCCUCUCAACAUUAAGCAAGAAUUAAAACUGACUGAGUCACCAGUGCAGAUAAAGAAGGACAAAAAAGCAGUCAAGGAUCUGAUCAUUUGUCCCAAGAAGAAGAAAAGGAAACAACACUCACCAGCAAAGAUCCUCAGCAUUAAUGACGACGGUUCCUUUGGCAUUCAGAACCCCAAGUGCCACGUGUGUGUUCACUGUAACGCAGCCUUCAGAACCAACUACCAUCUACAGAGGCACGUCUUCAUUCACACCGGUGAGAAACCGUUCCAGUGCAGCCAGUGUGACAUGCGCUUCAUUCAGAAGUACCUUCUCCAGAGGCACGAGAAAAUUCACACCGGCGAGAAGCCUUUCCGCUGCGACGAGUGUGGUAUGAAGUUCAUCCAGAAGUAUCACAUGGAGAGACACAAGAGGACACACAGUGGAGAGAAGCCCUACCAGUGCGACUACUGUCACCAGUACUUCUCCAGAACUGACCGUGUUUUAAAGCACAGAAGAAUGUGCCAUGAAAACCGAGACAGAAAGACCAACAAGGCUGGCAAUAAAAGUGUAGCACUACACGAAGCCGACUCUUUAAGCCCCUUCCUCACCAAAGAGUGCGUAUUGCCCAAGAAGAAGCGGCAAAAGUGUGCAGACAAGUCCGACAGUUCAGGCUCCUCCACAGCCGCCCAAGCAGAAGUGCUCAACAUGAAAGAAACUGAAAUGAAAGAGGAACACAGAAAAACUAAAUGUGAAGUUCUGCCUCUGUUCGCGGUGUCCUCCAAAGUUAAACACGAGUACGUGAUUGGAGAGUACUCUGUGGAGCUUCCAGAAGAAAGUACCAGCCAACACCAAGAUGGAGACUUGUCACCGGAGGAGGCAGCAACCCCUAAACUGGUCCUGAAGAAGAUAUCUAAGAGGAGCCUGAAACAAUCCGGCGAACAAGCUCCUUGCCUGGCCACGCUGUCCUCCUUCGAGGACAACAAAGUCACACAUUAUACCUUUGAAAUUGUUGACAAGCAAGGCCUUUUAGACGAAGUCAGCAACACAGAAUCAGUUGAAACUCCGGUGAAACCGGCUACCAGCAGCACAAACUAUGACGACGCCAUGCAGUUUCUCAAGAAGAAACGCUACCUUCAAGCGGCGACGGCCAACAGCAGUCGGGAUUACAGUCUGAACACGAGUACUAUCGCUUCUCAGCCGACCGUUACUCACACGGUGGUGUCGGCAGUCAUUGACGAAACAGUCCCUGCUACCAUUCUGGGACCUCAGCUGAUUAACGCCGAGAUAAAAGCGACGCAUGACAGAAAUGUGUUGCCUGACGAGGUUCUUCAGACUCUGUUGGACCACUACUCCAACAAAGCUAAUGGCCAUUCAGACAUUUCCUUUAGCGUGGCAGAUGCGGAAGUUACCUCAAGCAUAUCUAUUAAUUCCUCUGAUGUUUCGGACAGCAGUCCUGCUGAGAGCCUUGGAGCUGCCAGUGUUCAAACUCAGCCUCCGGCGGAGAAGUCCAGUCUCUUGCAAGAAUAUUCCAAAUUUCUCCAGCAGGCGCUGGAAAGGACCAGCCAGAACGACAGCUACCUGACCAGCCAGAGCCUCAGUUUAGUCACGGAAAACCCCACCUUAGCCGGACAGCCUCUGUUCUCCACCGAGAAACAAUUUCCUUCCCCCAGUAGGUUCAAAUCAGGGACAAGUUCCCCAUUACGAUCCACAAUAGAGAAACCUCAGUUCGGAUUACUGGUCGGGGAUUCCCAGCACUCAUUUUCAUUUUCAGGUGAUGAGACCACUCCCCCUUCCACAGUGUCCCCUUCGGAGGAGGACUUCCUUGAACAGGUCUCGCCUUCCAAAAAGACGGACUCCUCUCAAGGGAUUCUGCAGACUUUUCAAAUAGGCACAUUCGAUCCAAACUUCAAGUCUCACUUCCAGACCUCCAGAUCUGGUUCCUCUUCACAGUUUACAGGUGCCAAUGGACAAGUAAGUCUACGCGGACACAGCACAGACUUCUCAGAGUUUCCUUUAGUCCGAGUCACUGAGACAAGGUCCCAACUGAAUUCCUCCCCGGAGGUUUCAUCGGGUGAAACCUUUGAUUGAGGAGAAGACUCUGGGUUUUGUUCAUUCUUCAUUUCUGCAGCACUUUAUCCCAUUUCAUCUGUUUUGCCAAAACACAUCCCGUGGAAUUCAGAUAGUUUAAGUACGUUGGGAGAAAAAAGGCUCUUCUUGAACUAGUACAUUGAAAAAUUGGCAGUUCCCCUUUAAAAAAUGUUUUUCAUUUGCAUCGAGAGAUUAACCAACCAAAGCGUAAUUUUCAUGCCAUAUUGCACAGGUGUCUAACUCCAGACCCGAUGAAAUUGCAUACCUUUUUAAACUUUAACAGUAAGAAGCAAUAUUGCAACAAAUAUUACAGUAUAUCAUAAUACCUUCUAAACAUUCUUUUUUUGUCUAAACAAAAUCCAAUACUGAAAUAUUGGUUUGACCUAUGAUUUCAAAGCAUGGUAUUCAUCAAAUUGUUCACUUUGAAAAUGACAAUAGAUUUCACAGUAAAAUGUACAGUGUUUUUUACAGCGUAUUAAUGAAAAUUGAAAAAACUCCUACGGGUUUUUUACGGUACAAUUCCGUCGACUGAGCUACCGGGGUUUUUUUCAACCAUAAAAUAUACGGUUGUUGUUUUUACGGUGUAUUACUGUAAAUGGAAAACGGUACCACAUUUUUUUCCAGUUGCCAGAAUUAAAUAAAAAACUGGUACUGUUUUUUCAGUUAAAGUUAAAGUACCAAUGAUUGUCACACAAACACUAAGUGUGGCAAAAUUAUUCUCUGCAUUUGACCCAUCACCCUUGAUCACUCCCUGGGAGGUGAGGGGAGCAGUGAGCAGCAGCGGUGGCCGCGCUCGGGAAUAAUUUUUGGUGAUUUAACCCCCAAUUCCAACCCUUGAUGCUGAGUGCCAAGCAGGGAGGUAAUGGGUCCCAUUUUUAUAGUCUUUGGUAUGACGCGGCCGGGGUUUGAACUCACAACCUACCUAUCUCAGGGCGGACACUCUAACCACUAGGCCACUGAGUAGGUAUUACAUUACAUUUACAGUAACAUGUUAAUUUUACAGUAAAAUUCUGGCAACCAAGCUAGUUUUUUCCUGUAAAAAAACAAAACAGUGGUGCUGUUUAUCUAUUUACUGCAAUAUGUUUGGAAAAAAAACACUGUAUAGUACAUUUCUGGUGGUUGAGUUGCCAGUUUUUACUGUGAAAUCAAAAAAAAAAAUUUUCACAGUGUUCUUAAAGGCCUACUGAAAUGAUUUUUUUUAAUUUAAACGGGGAUAGCAGAUCCAUUCUAUGUGUCAUACUUGAUCAUUUCGCGAUAUUACCAUAUUUUUGUUGAAAGGAUUUAGUAGAGAACAUCGACGAUAAAGUUCACAACUUUUGGUCGCUGAUAAAAAAAGCCUUGCCUGUACCGGAAGUAGCAUGACGUCACAGGUUGAAAAGCUCCUCACAUUUCCCCAUUGUUUACAAUGCAGCGUGAGCGAUUCGGACUGAGAAAGCGACGAUUACCCCAUUAAUUUGAGCGAGGAUGAAAGAUUUGUGGAUGAGGAACGUGAGAGUGAAGGACUAGAGUGUAGUGCAGGACGUAUCUGUUUUCGCUCUGACCGUAACUUAGGUACAAGGGUUCAUUGGAUUCCACACUUUCUCCUUUUUCUAUUGUGGAUCACGGAUUUGUAUUUUAAACCACCUCGGAUACUAUAUCCUCUUGAAAAUGAGAGUCGAGAACGUGAAAUGGACAUUCACAGUGACUUUUAUCUCCACGACAAUACGUCGGCGGAGCUCUUUAGCUACGGAGCUAACGUGAUAGCACAUCGGGCUUAAAUGCAGAUAGAAACAAAAUAAAUAAACCCCUGACUGGAAGGAUAGACAGAAAAUCAACAAUACUAUUAAACCAUGGACAUGUAAAUACACGGUUAAUGCUUUCCAGCCUGGCGAAGCUUAACAAUGCUGUUGCUAACGACGCCAUUGAAGCUAACUUAGCAACGGGACCUCACAGAGCUAUGCUAAAAACAUUAGCUAUCAACCUACGCCAGCCCUCAUCUGCUCAUCAACACCCGUGCUCACCUGCGUUCCAGCGAUCGACGGAGCGACGAUCAUAGAUGCGGUCGGCGGCCCGGAGACGGAGGAAGUCAAGGUGAGGUCGGCGGCUAGCGCGUCUGCUAUCCUUCUCAAAGUCGUCCUGGUUGUGUUGCUGUAGUCCGCCACUAAUACACUGAUCCCACCUACAACUUUCUUCUUUGCAGUCUUCAUUGUUCAUUAAACAAAUUGCAAAAGAUUCACCAACACAGAUGUCCAGAAUACUGUGGAAUUUUGAGAUGAAAACAGAGCUUUUUGUAUUGGAUUUAAUGGUGUACCAAUACUUCCGGUUCAACGAUUGACGUCACGCGCAUACGUCAUCAUACAUAGACGUUUUCAACCGGAAGUUUAGCGGGAAAUUUAAAAUUGCACUUUAUAAGUUAACCCGGCCGUAUUGGCAUGUGUUGCAAUGUUAAGAUUUCAUCAUUGAUAUAUAAACUACCAGACUGCGUGGUCGGUAGUAGUGGCUUUCAGUAGGCCUUUAAAAAAUACAUAUAAUAAUCAAAUAAAAAGGCAAAUUCCUAUACAGUAGGGAAGGGAUUCAUAUGGCCCCAUUCCUG